ACUUUACCCACAAUGCACCGCUCGCGCUUAAUCGCUACACACUCGCCAUUUUUCGAAAUUUAACUGGGUCACGAGACACUCGAACCGAAUCUUCACUAAAUCGACCGAUCUCAUUUGAUCUGCUGGAUCUCCCGCUGAUCCGUAGCGUCGAUCAGGAGCCAAUGAUCGUGUCAGGCAGUGCCGCUGAAAUGAAGUGUUCACGCGCGGGCCCGGGCUGAUCCGUCACUGACCCACUAACCGAACCAAAACCACCAACACAACGACACAGAAUGAAACGAGGUGAAAAAAUAGGCGAUAUCCUGGAGGAGGGGGGAGGAUGCACACCGGGGCCUGGGGUCCGCAAGAGGCUCCGGCGGGAGGAGUCAGAGGAGGACGGGACGGUGGACUGGAGUCUGCUGCCGCAGGAAAUCUUACUGCACAUCUUUCAGUAUCUGCCCCUGCUGGACCGAGCCUUCGCCUCACAGGUGUGCAGAAGCUGGAAUCAGGCCUUUCAUAUGCCCGAACUCUGGAGGUGCUUCGAGUUUGAGCUCAAUCAGCCUGCCAGCUCGUACCUGAAGGCCACUCAUCCGGACCUCAUUAAACAGAUCAUCCGACGUCACUCCAAUCACCUGCAGUUCGUCAGCUUUAAGGUGGACAGCAGUACUGAAUCUGCAGAAGCAGCGUGUGAUAUCCUCUCUCAGCUGGUCAAUUGUUCUCUGAAGACCCUUGGACUCAUCUCCACCGCUCGACCCAGCUUCAUGGAUCUGCCCAAGUCUCAUUUCAUCUCGGCAUUGACGGUCGUAUUUGUGAACUCAAAAUCUUUGUCGUCACUGAAGAUUGAUGACACGCCGGUGGACGAUCCGUCACUCAAAGUGUUGGUGGCCAAUAACAGCGACACUCUGAAGCUGUUGAAAAUGAGCAGCUGUCCGCACGUGUCUCCUGCAGGGAUCCUCUGCGUGGCGGAUCAGUGUCACGGUUUACGCGAGCUGGCGCUCAACUACCACCUGCUGAGCGACGAGCUGCUGUUGGCGCUGUCGUCCGAGCGGCACGUCCACCUGGAGCACCUGCGCAUCGACGUGGUGAGCGAGAACCCGGGCCAACACUUCCACACCAUCAAGAAGAGCAGCUGGGAUGCAAUGGUGCGCCACUCGCCCAAAUUUAACCUGGUCAUGUACUUCUACUUGUAUGAGGAGGAGUUCGGGCCCUUCUUCCGCGACGAGGUUCCCGUCACGCACCUUUACUUCGGCCGCUCGGUCAGCAAGGAGGUUUUGGGUCGUGUGGGUUUGACUUGUCCGCGGCUGGUGGAGCUGGUGGUUUGCGCCAACGGCCUUCGUCCUCUCGACGAGGAGCUCAUCCGGAUCGCCGAACGCUGCAAACACCUCUCGGCCAUCGGACUGGGCGAGUGCGAGGUGUCGUGCAGUGCAUUUGUGGAGUUUGUGAAGAUGUGCGGCGGCCGCCUCUCGCAGCUGUCCAUCAUGGAGGAGGUUCUGGUGCCCGAUAAUAAGUACGGGCCAGAUGACAUCCACUGGGAGGUGUCAAAGCAUCUGGGUCGGGUCUGGUUCCCUGACAUGAUGCCCACGUGGUAGACCGGAGCGUCUGAGGCCAGAAGGUGUCGGGAUAUUAACCUCUCUUUCCUCUGUGUAGUGCAAAGUGACUCCCGUCCAACGUAAUUUUACUUAACAUCAGCUCACAGCAGUCUGCGUUUGGAUUCACAUGAAAAUAAUCUGCGUGUUUAGAUGCGUUCACGUGACACGGCAUUCAUCUGAUUGAAUCGGCAUUAGAUUUCGAAAGUGCGAAUCAAUAAAGCCGAAAUCAGUUUGCAUAAUGAUUUACAGUGGUGCAUUUAAAGCACUUGUACCAAAUUAUAUUUUAUAACUAGUUAAGGACUAGUCAAGCGGGGUGAUUGAAUACAGUAGAGUAAGGAGGAGCGAGCCGUCGAGAAUAGCCAUGUUAUGUAUCUGUUGCCGAUUAUGUAAACAUGGCCGAUCCAGAACAAAUGAAGAAACUGUCAUUUUGUACUGCGCUAAUUAUUUGAUUUUUGGUAUGAAAAGUAACAGAUUAUUUUGUUCAGAAUACAGAAUAUAUAUAUAGAGAGAGAGAGAAAAAUAAAAUCUGAUGACUUUUUCUCCUGAUUGUCAGGCAUAUUUAAAUACCACAGACUGUCAUUGUUGACAGAUGGCUUUGGUUUAUAUAUUUUGAUGAUGUUUACAGUAACAGAGUUCAUCAUAUAUCUGAUCUGUAUGCACAAGCGGCUCUUGUAAGUAAGGUCUAUGAUUUGACUUGUUAUAAAGCAAUAGAUAUAUAUUUGUAUUUAAUGAUUUCCUCCCUGCACUUUACAUAGAAAUGUGUUUCAGAAAUGUACAAAAGAUGGUCAGUUCUGUCAAUAUUUCCCCUGUUUAUUGUUGUUAUUAUUAUUAUUUGCAUUAAAUGCAUAGUGAUAUAAACAUUGGAGAAUAAGUGUUUUUUCCCGGCACUACAGUUUUUGUUUUCAUUCAAUGAUCUUUUUAUAAAGAUGGCUAUAUAGAUAUUUUAUUCAUUAAAAAGACAAUGUUUUCCAGUGUUGUGGCAGUAUCUCUCUUGUUUUGGAGUACACUUUUGUGAAUGUAGUAACUCAUGUUCAUAAUAGUUUUGUGGACACUGCAAUGACAUGUAGUUAAUAAAAUUAUUGUCUAGAGAAAUCUGUAAUGUUUGCAUAAUAUGAGUAACUAGCAAACAUAAAUGAGAUGAAUAUUG